AUGAAUGAAGGCACGCUCGAGGACGGCUCGUCCAGGCUGGCGGAGCUCCUCAAGAACCCCGACGACUUGGACAAGCUGCCUUCGCUGCGCGGGGAAUUUACCCGGAAGAAGGCCGCAAUCGAUGGACAAUUGAAGCAUGGAUUGAAAGAGCAGUUGGAGAUUACACAGAGUGGGAUGAACAGCAUCAGCGACGGGCAGGGCAUUGUGGCAUUGAUCAAGGAAGAGAUGAUGAAGAUCGACAAGCUGUGCGCUGAGGCUCAGGGCAUGAUCGAGGACUUUCCAGAGAUCAAUCGCAUGAGUAUUAUGCAGCGCAACUUUGCGGCAGUGGAGAGCAUCAAGGCGAACAUCGACACAUUUGGAGACCAGUUGGACGAGCUCGAGGAUCUCCUGAAAGAGGACGAUGGGGAUCUGGACGGCCAACCCAACCUUCUGGCCAUACAUGCGGGAUUGAGCUCACUGCGUGAUGUGCGGGAUCAGGCCAUGGAUCAAGUGAAAAGCAGCGCCGAAGGCGAGACUGGUGUCACAUUAAGAGACUACUUCCAAAGAUUGGACGAUGUUGUGGACUGGUUCGACGAGCACGUCGGGCAAGCCUGUAUAAAUCUCAUACCUCUCAUCCAAGCUGGAAACAACGGAUUGGUGGUACGACUAGGACUGGUAAUCGAGGCAGAGGAGAAGAAGGACCGACAAACCAAAGCCCUGCAGGAUGCUCAGAGAGAAUUUCAGGACGUGGCCUCUCGCUUCAAGAGUAUCAACGUGGGUCAAAGAGAGCUACGUGGCUACAAGAAGAAGUUUCUUCAAGCAGUUGAAGUCAGCGCUGCUGCACAAUUCGAACAGGUCCAGCAGGCUUUCGAAGAUGAUCCGGAGAAGCUGGAGAAGGCAUGCAGGUGGUACUUCAACGAUUUGAACACUGUAAAAUUGGGCAUGCAGGAACUGAUGCCCAAGAAGUGGAAGAUCUUCAAGACUUUCGUCGACAUCUACCACAAGCUAAUGCACGACUUCCUCGUACAGAGGCUGGACGAUCCCAACAUCACCCCGGUACACAUGUUGGCUAUUCUAGCGUGGGUCGAGAAAUACCACACCAAAAUGGGCCGUCUCGGUGUCUCGCCGGACACACUCAGUCCACAUGUCAUUGAUGAGCGAGAAAGCGAUCUUGUGCGUGAGUACCGCACUCUCAUCGUUCGCGCUGUCGAAGAAUGGAUGGACCGUAUGGCUGCAUCGGAUCGGAAAAUGUUCCUCACAAGAGUUGAGGGGAGUCUGGAUCAAGAUGCCAACGAGCAACUGCACACCAAGAGUCUCAGCGACAUGUGGACUAUGCUCAGAGAGCAGUUGUCAGUCGCACAAUCGUCGGGUCGACCUGACGUUGUGGAGGGAGUCGUCGAUGCCAUGAUGCGAGCACUCAAAGGUCGCCAACAGAUGUGGGAGUCUCUCGUGGACGACGAGUAUCGCAAAAUUGAGAAUGCGACCGAAGCGUCCCAGCUCGAAGGCGUGGGAAGUCUACAAGAGUGGCUCGUGGCGAUCGCGAACGAUCAAAUCACAAACAUUGACGACGAUCCCGCUCUGGACUCUGUCUCUUUCCUCACCCGCUUCAAGGCCGACUACGAACCCCUCGUUUCGCCCGCCUACGCCGUCACCAGCACCUCCGAUCACGAAACCCUGACUAACGGCUAUGUUGAUCUCGCGACACACUGCAUGAGUCUCUUCGCUGCCGUGAUUUUCGCAACCGACAUCAAACCUGUCCUGACCGAGUUCUUCACCCAAGCGUGGUACACGAAGAAAACCAUGGCCUCCAUCGUCACCACUUUUGAAGACUACCUCAAAGACUUCACUCCCAUCCUGCAUCAUUCUCUCCGCGACAUAUUCAUCGAAGAACUCUCCGACGUUCUCCUCGUACGCUACCUCGAAUGCGUCAAACAGAAGGGCGUCAAGUUCCGGCGCUCGGAUCCGUUCACGGAGAAAAUAAAGGACGAUGUGGUCACGGUGUUCAACUUUUUCGGGCAGCAGUCUGGGGACGCGUUUGAAUUAAUCAAAGACAAGUGGCGUGUGAUCAAUGCGUUUGAGAGCCUGCUCUCGGCGGACAAAGGUCCGAGUGUAGUGGACGCAUUUCAGCGUUUGAAGGAGCAAUACUGGGAUGUGCAGAUCGGCUGGGUCGAGGCUGUCUUGCGGGCACGAGAUGAUUACGAUAGGAGCAUGCUGAGCUCUGUGAAGGCGGCGGCGGCGAAUAUGAGCAUCGAGCGUGGUCCGGAGACGGUCAUGAGCAAAGUGAAGUGA